AUGGCUUCUGCAUCUUCGAAUGAUGGGACGCGUAUUAUUUAUUAUGUCGAUGAGGAAGAUACACCUUAUCUCGUGAAGCUUAAUGCGCCAUCGGAUUCCGUCACACUAGGGGACUUUAAAUUAGCUCUUAAUAAGCCCAAUUGUAAAUACUUUUUCAAGUCAAUUGAUGAUGACUUUGGAGUCGUGAAAGAAGAAAUCACUGAUGACUCUGCUAAGCUUCCAUGUUUUAACGGUCGUGUCAUAUCGUGGGUACGUUGCUUGGUAUCUAACGAUAAUUGCGCUGGAAGUUCCGAUGGCGGUACGGGACUGAACGCUGCCAAGUUAGCUGCUCUUGCUGGUGCUCAGAUCGGUGAUGGGACGCAGCCACCGGAGAAGAAUCGUUUUGGUGAGAAGAAAAUCAAUGGUACAUCCAAGAAGCCAACUGAUGAAUGCGACACAUGUACUGAGGACACCGAAUCUGUUCAAAGCGGUGGUCGGGGUUAG